AUGAACACUGAAGGAGUUACUGUAGUGGAACAAGAAAAAACAUUUAACGAGUUUGAAUUAGAUGAUUUUCUAACACACCAACUAAAGAAAAAUAAUUUUAUUAAACCAACGAUUAUUCAAUCUCAAUUUAUUCCAUUUGCAUUAGAAGGGAAAGACAUUAUUUGUCAAGCAAGAACAGGGAGUGGAAAAACACUCGCAUAUGUUAUUCCUAUUUUAAAUAAUUUAUUAGUUAGUCAAGAAGAACAAAGAAGGAUUAGAGUUAUUAUAUUAAAUCCAUCAAGAGAAUUAUGUUAUCAAUGCAAAAAUGUUAUUGACCAAUUAUUAAAAGGAUAUUUUGGUAUUUCAGUUUUAAACGUUGCGAAUGAAAAUGGUGUUAUUAGUCAAAAAGGAAAAAUGAAAAGUAUUCCCGAUAUUAUAACAGCUACACCAGCUACAUUACUACAAUAUUUAAAAAAGACUGGAAAUAAUUUAGAUGGAGUAGAAAUAAGUGUUUAUGAUGAAGUUGAUUUAAUGAUAGCAUAUGGAUAUGAAAAUGAUAUUAAAGAGCUUAAUAAAAAAAUACCAAAAGAAAGUGUUAAAUGGUUAUUAAGUGCAACUAUUAAUGAUGAUAUAGAAACAUUAAAACAUUUAAUGUUAAAGUCAGCAGUUAAAAUAAGAAUAGAAGAAGAACAAGUAAGUGUAGAAGAAUAUAUAAUUAAUUGUGAAAGAAAAGAGGAUAAAGCAUUAAAUUUAUAUGUAUUAUUAAAAUUAAAUAUGAUUCAUGGGAAAGUAUUAAUAUUUGUUAAUUCUAUUCAAAAAUGUUUUUAUGUAAAAUUAUUCCUUGACUUAUUUUCUAUUCCAUCAGUUGUUCUUAAUAGUGAUUUACCAAGAGAUAUUAGAAUGAAUAUUAUUGAACAAUUUAAUAAUAAAGAAUUUAAUAUUCUUAUUGCUACAGAUGAAACUACUAUUCAAAAGAUUAUACCAAAAAAACUUCAAGAAGUUAAAGAUAAAAAUAAUAUGGAAGAAGUUGGAGAUCAUUCACAUAUUAUUUCUGAAGGUGAUUCAGCUCAAGAAAAUUAUAGUGUUUCACGUGGUAUUGAUUUUCAAGAUGUAGCAUGUGUUAUUAAUUUUGAUUGUCCUAUUUCUAUUGUUAGUUAUACUCAUCGUAUUGGUCGUACUGGUCGUGCAUCGAAAAAAGGUACUGCUAUUACUUUUGUUUUAAAUGAAGAUAAAGAUUAUAUUACUUCAAUAAAGAAAGAUCAUGAAAUAAAAGAUUUUAUUAUUGAGCCAAGUGUUGUUGGUGCAUUUAAAACAAGAGUUUAUGAUAUGCAAAGAAAUGUUACUAAAAAUGCAUGUAAUGAUGCUAGAAUAAAAGAUUAUAAAAAGGAAGUUGGUAAUGUCGAAGAGCUUAAAAAAAGUGUUGGAAAAUUGAAUAUUAAACACACAGCUGCUUUAGUUGACCAAAGAGCACAACACUUAAAAGAUAUUCCUGAUUAUUUAUUACCAGAUAAUGUCGUUCAAAGAUUAAGAGGAGUUUUAGAUAGAACAAAUGAAUAUGAAGCCAAAGAAACAAAAAGAAAUUCAAAAUCUAAAUCUUCAAAGAAAAGAAGAGAAAGCAAACCAAGAAAAACUUCAAAUAAAAAGGGAUUUGUCAAAAGAAUGACAAGUAAAAAAUAA